AUGUAUCGAGAAAGAGUGCUCCUCAAAUAUUUAGAUGCAUCACCUGAAUUAGAAGCCCAAAUCAUUCAUAUUCCGUAUAAAAAAAAUAAUUUCAAUGACAGUGGCAGCGAAUUUUUAUUUACCAUUAUAUUACCAAAUCGAGGCAUUAAAUUAUUGAAUGUUGAAAAUAAAUUAAAUUAUCAUAGAGUUUUAAAACAGAUGUUUGAUUACGAUAAUCAAUACGAAAGAGAACUUCAACUUUAUUUGCCGAAAUUCCGAAUCGAAUAUGAAUUUCUCACAAUUAAAGAUACACUAAAGGAAAUGGGCAUGACAGAUGCAUUUGACGGUAGAGCUGAUUUUAGCUGGAUAACAAAUGGUGGUCUGGCUAUCGAUGAUGUUAAACAUAAAUCUGUUAUUAAUGUUGAUGAAACAGGAAGCGAAGCAGCCGCUACAACUGCUCUGGUAUAUGAUCGGGGAGGUUUUCUACAAAACGAACAGCCAAUUGAAUUUAAAUGUGAUAGACCGUUUCUAUUUUUAAUUCAUGAGAAAGAAUCUGGCUUGGUGUUAUUUGCUGGAAAAUAUCAGAAACCUCAACCAUUCACUAAAAGUUCUAUCAGUAUGCUCAUCUGA